AUGGCCUCAACCUCCUCCUCCACCCUCUCUAUAUCCUCUUCCUCCACCCUUCUUGAUGCCAAGGCUCCAAGGCAAUCACCAGCUUCUUCCCCACAAUCUGUGACCCUUCCCACUCUUCCCCCACCUCCUGUGCACUCUCAGACUCGUCCUUGGAAGACCGCUGCUUUCUGUCGCAGGAUUGCUCGAAAUGUUAUGGGGAUGGCUACCACAAGAGAGGCACCAGCAGCAGAAAUUGCCACAACUGAGCUGGCUAUUGCCGAGACACCAGAGAUUGUGAAGACUAUUCAAGAAGCUUGGGACAAAGUUGAAGAUAAAUAUGCAGUGAGUUCACUGGCCGUAGCUGGUGUGGUUGCAUUGUGGGGCUCAGCUGGAAUGAUCUCUGCAAUUGAUAGGCUUCCUUUAAUUCCUGGGGUUCUUGAGGUCGUAGGCAUUGGCUACACUGGGUGGUUUGCUUACAAGAACCUAGUUUUCAAGCCAGACAGGGAAGCUUUUCUACGAAAGGUAAAAGAAACAUACAGCGAAAUACUUGGGAGCAGCUAA